CGAUAUCUGAAGAUCUUACAGACGCUAGGACACUUCUCGACUGAGAAUACGAUCCAAGAGAUCCAUGCCGUACAGGUUCGGUUUUAUCUGGCUGAUUUUGCUAGGACAUCAUUUGCGGCAUUUGUACGAGGACGAAGCCAAGUUGGGCGAUCUGCAGCGCAGCCCUCGAAAGCUGUCAGAUAUUGUCCUUCUGUUCUUGAUGGAAUUUCCAGAACUCAAAUACCGCAAUGUACCUUGGCCACAUUGGCCGAAGGCGAACCCUGCUAAUUCUAAGCUCCUUCAAAGUUCCUUCGCUAAUGAAUACUAUUGUUGCUCUGUAAAUCUACGUGCCUUAGAUCUACGACAGUCAUUGCCGCCCGUUCUGCUCUUUCACGCCAUAACAAAGAUAAUCCUGACAUAAAAUCACGAGCACCGAUAUGCAGAGGAACUCUUCGUAGCGUGGACUUUGCGGCUCCCCUGGGCAGUUCAUGUUUCAGCUCACUUAAUCGUUGAGCCCAGUGCGAUAUAUACUUCAAGUUGACCUAGACUUGAAUGCCUCCUCCUUUGAGUACCCAUUGGACAACAAGUCUUAUCUAACGAU